UCGUCAGAGCAGCUGCGUUAUGUUUUGGCGACGCGUCGAUAGUGUAGCGAUAGGUGCGCCUUACUCGCCUCGAAUAACCCCUCCAAGUGCGAAAAACAAGCACCAGAACGAAAGCAUUUGUUGCUGGCACGGCACUUAUUCACCCGUCCGGAAAUGUAAUACUACGUCAGUGAGAGCGGAAACAACGCUACCGUCAUUCGUCCGUAUUUCUCAUGGCAUCAACGCGCCUCUGCCGCAGGAAGACAUUUGGUGUCAGUCUUGCUCGACGAAAUCGCAGUUGAUGAGCUCGAAGGGUUCCAACAGGAAACUCGAUGUGCUACGGCAACAACUACACCAGAAGUCAAAUCACUGCUAGCCCCGCUGUCUACAAGCUUUCUUUUUUUCUACAGCACUCCUCGGCCCAACAGGUACUUUCGCCUAAAAUUUGGCCUGCCUUUUUUGCCAACCAUAUAGUUGCAGGAGCUGGCUUAUGCAUGAAACUCGUGGUACCAAAGCUCAGCGGACAGUCCUGCUAAAACGGACAAAGUGACAUCCAUAGAAGUUUUACAGUGCACGUUCUUCAGAUCAAGGUAGGAGAUGCACUUCCGUGCUUAUGUAAACAAACGAUUUACGGUAAAGCAUUUUUAUUGCCUCGCAUUAUGCGCUACGUUGCUUGCCACGUGCUUCGUAUUUUAUCUAAAUAAGCCAAGGCAUCCGCUUGCACCAUUCUACUGUUGGGACCUGCCCGUGCCGGAGGUGACGGUACAGGAGUACAACGACACGUUUGUGCCAAACAUUGUGCAUUUCAUAAGGCUCGGUAAUGCGUCGUUAUCAUUUAUCGAGGUAGUGAGCAUUCGAGUGGCCUGGCUCCAGCAAAACCCGGACUUCCUGAUGAUUCAUUGCAACAACUGCAGCGCGACCAUCCAGAGCGCCCACUGGAAACUCAUCAAAGACAUUGCGCGACUGACUCUCAGGUACGUCGAGAAGCCGGAGACGAUUUUUGGCACCAAAGUGAGUUGGAUCGAACACGCCUCCGACAUUGUUCGCAUCAGGGUGCUGAGAAAGUAUGGAGGCAUCUACCUCGACAGUGACUCCUAUAUCGUGAAAAAUCUUGACAAGUAUAGACGCUACGAGACGGCCAUAGGAUGGCCGCCAGGCCAGAGCAUCGGCAACCAGAUUAUCGUGGCCCAUAAACGAUCCGAGUUCCUGCGUCUGUAUUACGAGUCGUAUCACAAGUAUACACCUGACCUUUGGUAUUACAACGCCGGUCACCUACCCACAGAGGAGAUCCUCGACACGAAGCCGCACCUCGUUUACAGAAUUCCGUGCGACUUUGGCGUGCACGAAGACAUCACCAGGAUCUUGUUUGAACAGUGCAACGACGACUGGAGGAACUUCACAGCCGUGCACGCGUUCUUCAGGCACAGGGCUUACUACUGCCCCUUCGACAAAUUCGGACCCAUCAACUUCGAGACUGUAGGAAAGUACGCCGCGAAUUUCGGGAAGAUGGCGCGCCUAGUGCUCACAGGAUCGACGAGGUUGGGCGGAUCCGUGGUGAAGAACAUAUCGUUGCUGAGUGCGGAAAUGUUGGAUUAUUUGCAAGGAUGUCGAUAAUGGUGUCGUGUGACAUGUCUAUUUCUACAGUGAGUAUACUAACAUUAAGCCCCGAGAGCGUCAUAUCGGGCCUUGAACAAGCCUUAGUGGUCGUGUUACUGGUUUAUAUGCUCGCAGUAGUUUUGCCGAUAUAAUCAAAAAGAAUGCCCAGAAUUUCCAGUGAACCAAGCAUUUGCAGAAAAAAAUAUUAAGGAUGUAAAUGUUGUGAUAACUUACAUAAGCGCGACUUUGUAGAAGUGCAUGUGUUUACCUGAUGCAAUUGCAUAAACACAAGUAGACACAGAUCCCCAACAGGAACUUGUAUCAGAAACGUUGCGAGGCGAGAAGAGGCAGCGCUUUUUGGCCGAGCCCCCGUCGGAGACGCUGGCUGUAGUCACGGGCACUGCGCGCGAUCGGCGUGACUGCGGGGAAACGCGGGCGGAACGCGGACGACGUUGGCGGUAGCUCUGUCUCACCUUUCGAUGCGUUGCCUCCUCGUUGCUGCUACAAUUUCUCUACUAAGGAAGUGUUGGAACAUGCGUACACAUGCGCUGUUGUGAGUGCCCGAAGCGUCCGAAAUGAGCGUUUGCAAACUUGCUUUGUAUGGGAGUCUAUCAAAAUAAGGAGACAAAACAUUAAAGAAGAAUCAA